AUGAAUUAAGAAUUUGAUUCAGAAGAAUCUAUCAACUCAGAUGAAGCCAUCAAAGCUAUCGAAUUUAAGUAUUUGACUCCAAAUUUUCAUCAUGAAUUAGAUGAUAAAGGUACUUCAGUAAACAAGAGAAUGAAUGGCAUUAAUACUAUGAUGUGCAAAUUUAAAGAUGUGCUAGGAUGUAAGGAUGAUAUUUGUAUCUAAUCAAAUGGUUUUAAGUCCACAAAUUAAGUAUCAACUUAAAACAUGCAAACUCAAAGUGGAUAAAAAAUAAACUAAUCCUUAGAUAUAAUCUAAUAAACUUAAAUUCAUUUAGCCAACUCUAGAAGAAGACACAACUCUCGUAAUUCUAUAGAUAAACAACCUAAAAAUAGAUAACAAUAAAAUUCAUAAGCACUUUAAACAAAUUUAAUAUCUAAUCGUAAACCAAAGAGAUAAAUUUAUGUAACAUAAAUUGUUAAUGAUCACAAUGAUUUAAAUAGCUUUCCAUUUCCACAUCCAUAAAGAAUAUCAAGAAUGCUUGCUAAUAAUGAUUGUUUACAUUCUUAAAAAGGUAGUUCUGCCUCAACUCAAAAAGGCAUUUUGAAAUCAAGUUCUUUUGAAGUUAUUAAAAUAGGAAGUAGAUAAAGUAUGUAAAGUCUCAAUAGUCCAAUGAUGAGACCAUCUAGUAAACGAGUCUCAUUUGAAUUUAAUAGUGAAUAAAUGCGUAAACUUAGAAAUCAUAAUACAAGUAUAGAUCCAAAAAAGUAUUAAAGAUUAAAGACUAAAUUUUAGAAAUGA